GACUGCACCGAACCGGUGCAUUCUCUGCCUCAGACCGGCAAAGCUUUCGGCACCGAGGCCUCCGAAUUGACAACCGUGGAGCAUGCCUUCAUGUUGAACACCCCACGUGGUUGGGAAGCUGCUGGAAGCUGUCCGCCACGGGAGUGUCAUCUCGGCUUUUCCUUCGCCACGGCGCAGAGCAUCAAUUGCCUGGUGGUGCAGCAGGGCGACGACGGGUUUCAUGCGCCAGCUCUGGCGCUUCAGCGCCGUGACGGGGAGGAGGCGGCGUGGUCCGAGGUGACCGCCUGGAGCUCCAUCGGCGAAGGCCGGUCGAAGCUGGCUGUAGGCUGCCCGGACCCGCCCGCAGUGCCGUCGGCGUCUGUUUCCGCUUGUCGUUCCGACAACUUGCUUUUUCAGGAGUGCCGCGUGGCCUGCAAGGAGGGGUUCGGAACUUUGGAGACGUCCAUGCGCUGCGUGAACGGCGCUUGGUUCGUGCCGCAGUGUUGGCCGCUAGGCUCCCUCCUGCGAGUGGUGCUGGAAGAACCAGUGCUGCUGAAACCGUACUGGGUCGUCCUGGAUGCCAACCUCUUCACCUCGGACGACUGCACAGGGCCGAUCAAGAUGGACGGCGUUGCUAUCAGUUCUGGUGAAUUUGUGAUAAAGUACGCGAACUAUCAUCCGAAGAAUGCGUGGGACAAAGAUCCCUCGACAUCUUGGGCGUCCAAAGGUGAGUGCGAAGCUGCAGGGACCUGCUGGCUCGGUUUCAGGUUCUACGCCAACCCGGGCCCAGUCCGCUGCGUCUCGCUCCUUCAUCCACCCGGGGUGCAGUACCAGGCGCGAAGGAUCUCCGUGCAGCGAUUGGGCCGUGUCGGCUGGGAGAAGGCGGAGCCCGUCACUGUACGACUACUCCCAGAAGGGAAAGAUGAGCUCUGA